AUGGAUGAAGAUGAAGAGUCAAGUCAAACUGGUUCUGUCUCAAGUACAUACCCCGCUAGCCUUGGCGACUUUAGCAGUCUUCGAGAAUCUCUGAUUUCGUUUCAGCCACAACAUAAUAUCCUCACCAAUGAGUGGCAGGGGGAUGACAACGUCAAGCUAGGCAAUCUCUCCAAGAUUGUUAGCCAGCUACGCAAAGGUGGUAUUAGCGGGAGCAGUUCAAGAGAACCAUCGCCGAGACCACAAUCCAAACCUACCAGUCCCGCGCCGCCAGCUCCGCGACGAGAGCAAUCUCUCCCACCAGCUAGAGGACCAAAUCGUCUACCGUCAGAAAACGUAUUGAAUGGAAUUUCUUCGCAAACCAUCUCAACCGAAGAGCCACCCACCAAGCGUGUCAACGGAACUCCGACGGCCACCAGACCGAACCAUGUUGCUCCUACCAGCGAUUUCAGUCGCUUCGGGCAGAUUCUUUCGUAUCAAACGGAGAUGAACGGAUCACUGGCCUUUGUUUUUGGCACUCUUCAAACCAUACAAGAAGCACGCAACGCAUUAUCCAAAAAACUAUCACCUCGGAAAAAACGAGACGCCGCAUUGAAAAGGAUAUAUCCAGAUGUUGCAUCAAACGGCGUCCACAUCUUCCUUGACAUGUCAAACAUUGAUAUUAGCUUCCAUAAGUGUCUCCGAACCCGGCAUCAACUUCCACAAGACUCUAGAUUUAAUCCUAUGCCGCGUCUGAAUCUCACCUUACUUACCGAGAUACUCUUAAGAGGCCGCCAAGCAGACCGCAUGUUUGCGAGCUGCUCAAUCCUUCCAGGGCGGUCUGCCGAGCCGCGCUUCGUGCAAGAUCUGCGUAAUCUUGGAUACAGCACGGAUGUGCGCACCCGCAAACGUGUGGAGGAGUUGGAGCAGACAAGCGCAUCGGCAAUAGGGACGACAACUGUUCGUUAUGUAGAGGAUCUCGUAGAUGAAACUCUACAGACGCGCAUGGCAGAAUCAGCCAUGUCGUGCUUCCAGAAUCCCGGUACAAUGGUGCUUGCUACAGGUGACGCAAAACCAGCUCAGUACUCUGACGGUUUCCUUGCCUACGUGGAACGGGCGUUACAGAUGGGCUGGAAUGUUGAGGUAGUAUCUUGGAGAAGUAGCUUAUCCACAUCAUGGAGGGAUACUCGCUGGAAGGGGCAAUGGGGAGAUAGAUUCUCCGUCAUCGAACUCGACGAGUUUGUAGACGAGCUAUUGGACUGUUAUAUGACGCAUUGA